AUGAAUGAACUUCUCAGCCAAUUCCCUGUUCAAAUAGCAAUCUUUGGGCUGUUUGACAGUCGGGGAUUCAUUGCAGGCAAGUGGAAAUAUGCAGCUUCAAAUAAGACGUUCCCUGUCAUUGAGCCCUCUGGUCAGAUUCUGGCCCAUUGCGCGGACUUUUCUCAACAAGCCUUUGUGGAGGCCAUUGAAGAAGCCGAUCGUGGAUUGCGAAAAUAUUUCCUUCACACCACUGCCAAGCAAAGAAGCUCACUUUUGCGCAAAUGGAACGACCUUAUCUUGCAGAAUCUUGACGAUCUUGCGACGAUACUCUCUCUGGAGAAUGUUAAAACACCAGUAAAAGCAAAGGGCGAGUUAACAUAUGCAGCUUCUUUUGUUUUCUGGUUUGCCGAAGAAGCAGUUCGACCAUAUGGGGACGUCAUCCCGUCUCCUUACCAGAACACGACAGCUUUGACUUUCGAGGAGCCAGUUGGUGUAUGCGGUAUUAUCACGCUGUGA